AUGAAGAUCUUUAAAAAAAAACAAAGUCUUGCAAAUAAUGUCAUCCCCAAGAAACAGCGCAAGCAAAGGGAAAUGGAGAGCACCCUCUCCAAGUCUCCUCUUCACACACAUAAAUGUAUGAGUCGCACACCCUUCAACCGUUUGUUCGCCGGAGUUUACACCACCGCCAUCUUUGCUCUGCUCUACCACCAUGUACUCACACUUCUCCACUCCACCACCUUAGUCUCCUUCUUUAUAUCUAUAUCUAUGUUAAUCUCUGAUAUUCUUCUGGGAUUGAUGUGGUCCACCUCACAAGCCUUUCGCAUGCGCCCAAUCCUUCGCCAACAAUUCCCUGAAAACCUUGAGAAAGUCGUUGAUCGGAAGGAUUUUCAGGCGAUGGACAUCUUUAUAUGCACUGCAGAUCCCUACAAAGAGCCGCCGAUGACCGUCGUCAACACGGCCUUAUCGGUGAUGGCUUAUGACUACCCAACGGAGAAGCUUUCGGUGUAUGUAUCAGACGAUGGAGGUUCGGAGCUCACUCUCUUUGCUUUAAUGGAGGCUGCAAAGUUUGGGAAGCACUGGUUAACCUACUGACGGCAAAAUAACAUCGUAGAUAGGUGUCCAGAAGCUUACUUCAGAUCAAACCACCCUAGGAGUUCAGAGAUAAAGAAAAUCAAGGUGAAUUCUUCAUUAAGCGAUAAAUCUUCACUCUUUAUUGGAUAUUUAUAUUUUUGUGUUCAUCCGUUUGAGUUUUGCAUUGAACUUAUUUAAUGUUUUUAUUCCUUUUUCCUUUCCUAUUGGCCUUUUUCCAAUUCCAUUUUCCGUUUUGUGCUUCUUGUCUGUGUGUACUGUGUAUAUCACUUGUAUAUCUGUGUGAAUACACACAUACAUAUAUAGCUAGUUUUGUACUUCCAAUUUCCGUGUUUUGAUGUUGAGCAAGUAACUAAGGCUACAGCUUUAAGAGUAAUCAUAACAACAUCAAAUAUGGGAGAAAAAUAACCCUUGCAGAAAUGUGAAUCUCCGUUGAAUGGUGUAAAAUUGUGUAAUCUAUCUAUGUCUGUUUGGACAGUUCAGGUCAAGCUUAGAUUUCAUCGACAUUCCUUAAAACUUCAAAGAUAGGUUCUUUUAACACCUUAACCAGAUCUAACGGGCAGCCUAAUGAUGUUUAGAAUAUCAAGCACCGAUCGUCAACGAGGGUGUCCUAUCCGUAUCGGAUACGCACCCGAUACGCCGAAAUACGUAUCUAAUACGUCAAAUAUGUCUCCCAUAUUUAAUAAAAUCAUUUUUUAAUAUCGGAUAUGAUACGGGAGAAUAGGCAAGAUACGAUUGGGAUACGCCUGCAGAUACAUAUAUGUACAUGUAUGCAUACUCACUGUCGCUGGUGACGAAGCAGAAGAAAAAGCAUUCGAAGAUCAACAGCUGAUUCACGGCGAGAAGACCACUGCCACCCUUACGACUACGCUAAGCCACGAGAAGUAUUUGAUCAAGGUUGUCAUCGACGUUGGCCAAACUCCCGUACUUGCACAGUUCUCGUAACCCUAACUUUAUAAAUCAGAAGACAAGAACGAGACUGGCGACAGAUAGAAUGACUUUUUGACUGAAGUAGGAGAUAAAAAGUUAAAAGAGUCCUUCAUUAGACACGUGUCAACGUAUCAAUCCAGUGGUGGGAUCACCUUAUCAUCUUGUCUGCC